UAACAGUCUUUGCCCCGCCCCCUUUCCCGGAACUGCAGCUUAUCACCUCAAGAUUGAUGCAUGUUUUCACCAUUAUUUUAAGCUUGCUGAGAGUUUGGAUAAACAUGGCGCAACUCCAACAAGGAGGUCCUGAUGAAAAAGAGAAGACUACAGCAUUAAAGGGUACAAAUUAAUUUGGAACUUCUCCUCCAUAGGCACUCCGUAGACUGUGUUCUGAUGAACUAUAAUUUUGUGGUUAGUAAAACAGACUUGUUGUCUAGAAUAGACUUGGAUGAACUGAUGAAAAAAGAUGAACCACCUCUUGAGUUUCCUGAUACACUUGAAGGAUUUGAAUACACCUUUAAUGAAAAAGGGCAGUUAAGACAUAUAAAAACUGGAGAGCCAUUUGUUUUUAACUACCGAGAAGAUUUACAUAGAUGGAACCAAAAGCGCUAUGAAGCUCUUGGAGAGAUCAUCACUAAAUAUGUAUAUGACUUAUUGGAAGAGGAAUGCCAUUUGAAAAAAGUAUACGUCCCAAUAGAUGCAGAAGAGACUGAACCGAGGAGUUUCAUCUUUAUGAGUGAGGAUGCAAUGACAAAUCCUGACAAACUGAUGAUUUUAAUUCAAGGCAGUGGUGUUGUCAGAGCAGGACAGUGGGCAAGAAGACUUAUUAUAAAUGAAGAUCUGGACAGUGGCACUCAGAUUCCUUAUAUUAAAAGAGCGAUAGAGGAAGGCUAUGGAGUAAUAGUACUGAAUCCAAAUGAAAACUAUAUUGAGGUUGAAAAGACAAAAGCUCAAGUACAGCUUUCUCCAGAUAGCUCAGAUGAACCUGCAGAAAAAAGGGAGAGAAAAGAUAAAAUUCCAAAAGAUACAAAGAAGCGACGAGACUUCUAUGAGAAGUACCGAAAUCCACAAAAAGAAAAGGAAACGAUGCAAGUGUAUAUUAGAGAAAAUGGCUCCCCUGAAGAACAUGCAAUUUACAUAUGGGACCAUUUUAUCUCCCAGUCGGCAGCUGAAAAUGUAUUUGUUGUUGCUCAUAGUUACGGUGGAUUGGCAUUUGUGGAAUUGAUGAUUCAGCGAGAAACAGCAAUAAAAAGUAAAGUUACUGCAGUGGCAUUGACAGAUUCAGUUCAUAACGUGUGGCAUCAAGAAGCUGAUAAAAUUAUUCGAGAGUGGAUGCGAGAGAACUGCUGUAAUUGGGUAUCAAGUUCAGAACCUCUGGAUACAUCAGUAGAGUCCAUGCUACCUGAUUGCCCACGAGUUUCUGCAGGGACGGAGCGGCACGAGCUAACCUCCUGGAAGAGCUACUCGUCGAUCUUCCGAUUCUUCAGCGAGGCGAUGGAGGCGAAAACCAGCUCGGGAAAAGCGGCUCCCACGCGACGGUCGCAGCGGAUCCGCUACGAGGAGCUGUAGGGCGGGCGGAAACCGGCUCCCGCUCGCUUCUGUGCGGGCGGCGCGCUGCGUUCCCAACCCCUCAUUAGAUUGUUUUCUUCCCAGAGCACAGGGUCGCCGUCUAUACAUCUAAGUAGUGUUUUGCAUUAUUUCUAGAUGAGUGCAACUGUCAAAGCAAUAUGGGUUCACUGCUUAUGCUUCCUGUGGGCUGCGGCUUGGAUUUCGGGCUGCCCAUCAGUGCGCAGAUUAGGGCUGACAGCAGCGCUGCACGGCGCAGUCUGGCGCAGCUCUAAUUGCCCCGGACGCAGCCCUGCCCUGAGCUGAUGGCGGGCUGCCGCCGCCGCCACCCUUCCUUGGUCUUAACGCCUGCCCUCUCCCUGUGCCGCUUGCCGCCGCCCCGCCAGCCGCGCAGCCGUCGGGACUCGUUUUAGACAGCGUUUUAAACAAAGAACUUGUUUCCAUUUAAGAGUUUAUACCUAUGUGCUAGGCAUUUUAAAGUAAUUUCCCGCACAUCAUUUUGACGUUUUUGUGUUUAAGGGCCGCGUGCUUUAUUUUUUUAAAUCCAAGGGCCGGGAUAAACUGCAGUGCCCCUGUGCUAGUGAUCUCCAGUGAUGCUUUUCUCUGUAAUCGGAGUACAAAUGCUUAGGAUUUCAUGUAGCCAUAACAUUUUUCUUUUAUUGGUAACUGAUUUCUUUUAAGGCUGAAGAGAGCCUCUGCAUUGAACUGAAAAUACAUUUAAUCCAUAAGUAUUUUUUUUAUAUUGAGAAGAUUUGAACAAUUCAGAGUAGGACUGCUGUAAAUCUGAAUAUUGGGACUGAACUUAAAUUUACACUCAAACACACCCAGUUUUAGUGCUUCAGGAAUGCACUUUCCGAAUGUUUAUUGCUUAGGAAUAGUUUAGGGUUUUCAGGGAAAAUUGCUGAAUCCUUUUAAAAAGUAGAACUAUAUGUUUUAGCAACAGUAGUAUUUUAAAAUGUUUCUGAUGCUUGGUUGGCAUCUUUAUUUUUUAUUCAAAUAGAUUAUCUAUUUUAUGACAGAUCAAGUAGCUAAUAACUUUUUUAAAAUGCUGGAUGGUACCAGAAUUCCACAAAUCCAGCCUUUUCCAAGUGCAAGGCAAAGGGAGCAGCAGCAAAGUUUUCAUUGCUUGACAAAAACAGGGUCAGCAUUGGCAAGGAGCAGCCCUCUCUCAUUGCUGAAGGAUAUUACCCAUCAGUGCCCACUCACAUGGUUGAAAUCCCCAAGCCAGAUUCAUUUUACCUUAAUCAUCUGGCUAUUACUGUGAAAUAUUGAUAGACAAAAAAAGUAUUACAGGUGGUCCUUGUUUAAUGACCACUCAUUCAGUGACUGUCCAAACUUAUGACAGUGCUGAACAAGUGGUACUUACAACCAGUCUUCUCCCAGAGUCAUGUGAUCACCAUUUGCAGCCCUCCCUUUCCAGUUUCCCACAAGCAAAAUCAGUGGGAAAGCUGGCAGGAAGUUGGAAGUCAUGAUCAUGUGAGGUCCUCACUUAACAACCUGCACAGUCCUUGCUUCAUGACGGUAACUGGAGACUGCUAGAACUGCUGUCACUAAGCAGCACAGUCACAUGACAUUGCACUUUACAACUGCAUUGCUUAGCAACGGCAGUUCCAGUCCCAGUUACUGUUGUUAACCAAGGACUAGCUGUACUGACAUAGAUAAUACCUAACAUUAUUGCCAAAGCAAUCCUAAUCCUUUUAGUGACUUGGGCUUAAAAAGAAGCCCAUACAAGCAUGAAUCCAAAUUUUGUCAACAGAUCUUUCCUAUUAUGUGAAAUGAGUUCUUCCUCAUCCUUGGACUACCUGGCUGCUUGCUCUAGACACCCAUAGCCAUUACCUAUAGGGAAACUGAGAAGCCACCCAUUUUUGAUUCUCCAGGAAUUGUCUGCCAACAACUGCAGCCUGAUGCAAGAAUUCAGCACGCUUCGCCAUUGGUCCAAAACUGUCAGAAAGUGGGCAAUGCCACAUGCCCAAAACGCUCUGGGUGCCUUGAAUGAACUGGGCAUGAGAACUGUGACUUUUGCCUCUUUGCUCUCUUUUGCCAGCACUAAUUGUCAUGGACUGUAGUACAGGUGCCAAGGAUUUAGCAGUUGAACAGCACACAGUGCAGUCAUUUUAUUCUCUCAUUGGUUCACUUCUGAUGACACUAAAACAGAACAUCGAUCAUCUUUCUUUCAUUGUAUUUAUUUGACAGUUUUGAAAUUUGAAGCAUUCCUCUUCCCACAAACACACAUUUAUAGUGAAGCUUUAUGGUUUCAGAAGACUCUGGGAAGAAUCUGGAAAGGCUCCAGGUGCCCUUAUGUAUGCUCAUGAUUAAAUGGCUGUCUUACUUAUCUGAAAGUGUGUUCUCUGGUAUGCCUCCCACUCAGUGCAAAAACUAGAAGGGCAAAACUAGAUCACUCAGUUGUUCUCUUUGCUGGAAAUCCUCCAAAGUGAUGCACCAGGCAAAAGCCAGGACCAAGUGGCUCCCAGGGUCAUCCACUUUUAUUAACCAGGGUCUGUGUGUGGAAAUGCCUCUUUGCAUCUGCCUGCAUGCUGUCGCUUCCUCCUGAAGCUUCCUCCCUCAUGUUUUUCAGAUUCUUUCCCGUAUUAAUGGAUAUCCUUUGAGACCCGGAAGCCAUAAAAAUGUGGAACUGGGAUUUUUUGCAGCAGAUGGUUGAUUGUCCUUCAAUUGUACCAACAUCCAAUCCAGUAGCUUGCCUGUGGUUGGUUAGUUCAGUUCAGUUCAGUUCAUUCAUUCUUCCUUCUUUACCUGGUUGUUUCAGCUUCCAUUUUUCUUUGCUGCAUCAAUGGUGCUAGAAAUCUUUUUUUUUUUCUUUCCUCUCCCCAUUUAUGUAAACCCCGGGCAAUAUUCCUGGCCAAUGUUUCUUCUCUUGUUUACUGAUUUGUAUUCCUUAUGAAUUACACUUUUGUUUUUUUUUCCCAUAAUCAUAGGAAAAUAAACCACCAUAGCCUGCAUUCAGUCAGUCAGGAAGUCUUUCCGGGUUGGCAAAGUGCCAAAUUUGAUCAAGCAGUCCCUCCCACCUGUUUUUUAAAUUUUUUGGAUGUCAAUUAUCAAUUUCAACUCUACAAUAUAGACCCACAAGCCCUAUAUCAUGCCAUUGCCCAGUUAGUAUUCUUGCUCUUUGUGGACCAAACUGUAAGCACAGGGAAUUAUUAAAGAUUGUCUCUUUCUAUUUACACUGAACCUAGGAACGAUAAUAACAAUAAAGAUGGUUUCUCUUCUAA